AUACGUCACGGGGUUGACAAAACUCCCACAAUGCAGUGCAAUUUUCACCUGCGAUAAAGCCGAACUACAUUCGCUACAGACCUGAAAUGCAACGCUGAGAUUAUUCAUCUGAUAUUUUCGUGAAGCGUUGGUCCUGUUUGGCCUUCGUGUGCUGAUAUUCCGGGACUGGCUUUCUUUUGUCUCCAACCUCCCAGCCUGUGGCUGUGGGAUCAGGACUUCAGGUUAACAUGGAUCCAGAAUAUGAGCAUCGUCUCCUCCGACAAAUCAACAUUCAAAAUGACAACCUGAGCCCUGUGAAACAGACACAGAGUCGGACCCCCACCAGCUCCCCGUUAUCUUCUCCCAGUAAGCUUGGAGACCGAUUCAUUCCUACCAGAGCCGGGGCAAACUGGAGUAUCAACUUCCACAGGAUCAAUGAAAAUGAGAAGUCACCAAGUCAGAACAGAAAAACUAAAGAUGCCUCCUCUGAUAACCUUAAAGCAGACGGGCAGGCCUACUCAGCUCUGCUGAAGAAUGAGCUGCUGGGAGCAGGAAUAGAAAAGAUCCAGGACCCUCAGACAGAGGACAGGCGUCUACAGCCAUCAACCCCAGAAAAGAGAAGUCUCUUCACCUAUUCGCUCAAUACCAAGAGGUCGUCACCAGACGAUGGCUCCAACAUCUCUCCCUACUCUCUAUCACCUGUCAGCAACAAAAGUCAGAAAUUGCUUCGUUCACCAAGAAAGCCAACUCGCAAGAUCUCAAAGAUCCCUUUUAAAGUCCUGGAUGCUCCAGAGCUGCAGGAUGACUUUUACCUGAACUUGGUGGACUGGUCGUCUCUCAACGUGCUCAGUGUCGGGCUGGGAACGUGUGUUUACCUGUGGAGUGCCUGUACCAGCCAGGUAACACGAUUGUGUGAUUUAUCAGUGGAGGGAGACUCGGUCACGUCAGUCGGGUGGUCCGAAAGGGGUAACCUGGUGGCAGUGGGGACUCACAAAGGCUAUGUUCAGAUCUGGGACGCUGGUGCUGGGAAAAAACUCUUUGCCCUGGAAGGACACACAGCUAGAGUUGGAGCGUUAGCAUGGAAUGCAGACCAGUUGUCUUCGGGAAGCCGUGAUCGUAUGAUUCUUCAAAGAGAUGUGCGGACCCCUCCCCUCCAGUCAGAGAGGCGGCUGCAGGGACACAGACAGGAAGUGUGCGGCUUAAAGUGGAGCACUGACCAUCAGCUGCUUGCUUCUGGUGGCAACGACAACAAGCUGCUGGUAUGGAACCACUCCUCACUGAGCCCAGUGCAAACAUACAUGGAUCACCUGGCUGCAGUUAAAGCCAUUGCCUGGUCCCCCCACCAGCAUGGCCUUCUGGCCUCUGGGGGCGGCACAGCUGACCGCUGCAUCCGGUUUUGGAACACCCUGACAUCACAGCCGCUGCAGUGCAUGGACACCGGCUCUCAGGUCUGCAACCUGGCCUGGUCCAAACAUGCUAAUGAGCUUGUGAGCACCCAUGGCUACUCUCAGAACCAGAUCUUGGUGUGGAAAUAUCCAGCUCUCACUCAGGUUGCCAAACUCACAGGACACUCGUACAGAGUGCUCUACCUGGCAAUGUCCCCGGACGGUGAAGCUAUUGUGACGGGAGCUGGAGAUGAGACACUACGCUUCUGGAACGUAUUUAGUAAAACAAGGUCAACUAAGGAAUCUGUAUCCGUUUUAAAUCUCUUCACCAGGAUACGAUAACUUAAAGCAAAUUAAAACUCUAAAACAAGCACCUUGUGACAUUUUUUUUAUGAGGAAAUGUCAGCGAGAGCAACUUGAGCACUUUUGUUUUUCAUGCCAACAAUUGUUUGGGCAAUUCUUUUUUACUUUUGUGCUCAUUGUGAAUGUAGUAAUUUUUAUUAAAAAAAUUAUAAGUG